AUGUUGCAUACAAGAUUGCUCGAACUAAUUUCAAUAGAUGCAACUAAUUGUACGGCCAAUAGUAUUUUUAAUCAAUUUAAAAAAUCACUUGAUGAUAAACAAAUUCCGAUACCUAAUAUAAUUGGAAUAGCUUCUGAUGGAGCUAAUGUCAUUAAGGGAAAAAAUAACUCAUUUGUCUUUCGUUUGAAAUUUGAAGUACCAAAUUUUAUAUUGAUGAAAUGUAUCUGCCAUUCUUCAGCAUUAGUUGCGAGCAAAGCUUGCAAAAAAUUACCAAGAUCUGCUGAAGAACUAAUUCGUUCCAUCUCAACAUAUAUUUCUGGUAGUGCUAAGCGCAGUGCCCAACUUGUCGAAAUACAAGAUUUUUUAGACGAAAAACGCAAAAGAAUACUUAAGCUGGCAGAUACACGUUGGUUUACAUCAAUGUGUCGUUCGUAUACUUGA